UUUGUGUAUUCAGGUUGGGCCUACAUAAUCAAUUUAUUUGCCAAAAUUGGGAUUUAUUGAGUUCAGAGUGAUUCAAAGACAAUCCUCAGAUUAUCCCCAUGUUCCAGGAUAUCUCAGAAAUGCUCAAGCCUUUCUGUGUGCUGCAUGCUGACAAUGGAACGAGGGAAAGGGGGACAGGGAGGGAGAAUUUGGUGGUGUGUGACCAAUGGGCUUGCCUGAUGUAUUUUUAAUGCACAUGAAUGAUUGAUCACUGUACGUGGACAUGCUCCCCCAAGGGGCGGCUGCAGUCUGGUGCUGUCGGUGCAGAUAUGAGUGUGACGAGGGGACCUUCUGGACUGAGCAUGAACACUGUGGAGUUAAAGCAUCAGUGGGCAAUGCAGAGAAAUCGCACUCUGGUCCGGACAUACCUGCUCUCCAGUUCUGUGCUCCCACUUCCUGGCUCACGGAGCAGAGAUGAUUUCAGACUGCCAUCAUUAUUGUCCAGAUCAACACAUGGUCGGACCACCGCGGUGCCUCUCAGUGUCAGUGAGCCCUGCUUGUUCACCCCAGGCCAGAGAGCAGUUUUCGAGGGGUUUUCAAAAAUCCACCAUCCCCUUCUACACACACCUGGCCCAUCUCCCUCCUGCAAGACCCUUGAGAAACCAAAGAUGCCUCAGCAGAGCUAUCAUCAAGUGUACAUGCAUUUCUCUCAGCCUCUGAAGCCUGUACCAAAGGUUGGACAGGCCUUUACUCACAGUCAGCAGCAGGCCACAGAGAACAGAGGCCUGCAGCCGUUAGUGAGGCAGCGCAGGCAGCCCGCAAACCUAGAGACUUUAUCUGUCAGAGGAAAGACUUGCCUUCCUACACAGCAUUUACCCACAUCUUCAUCUAGUGCAUCUCGCACACAGCUGCACGUGUUCUUGCCUGCAGAGGGUGCUGGACAGGAGGAAGACAGGGACAGUGAGUCAGUUGAUGAGGGUUUCAUGGAUGAGCUGGAUAACAAAGUCACCAACCUGAGACUUCUACAAGAUCCAAAGACCCCCAAACAGAUAGAAAAAUCACUGACGGGUCAAAUGGUAAAAUUAACUUCCUAGUGUCAUGCUUUUAAUUGUAGCAUUUCAUAUUUUGAUGUGUGUUGUACGCUAACACUGAUAACUACAGAAAUGACAAGUUCUGUAUUUACCAAUU